AUGAACGUCCUCAAGCUGCAGAGGAAGUUCCCCCAGUUCCAGCAGAACGACAUAUUCGGCCUGGCAGACGCCUUCCGCAAGCUCGAUGUCGACGACAAGGGUUACGUAGACGAGGCCACUGCCAUCAAGGCAACCCAGGCCAGCGAGCGACAGCCCUACGAUGUUGUGCGACAAGCACUCAAGGAGGUCGACCUCGACUCCUCCAGGCGCGUCGAGUUGGAGGACUAUGUUGGCCUCAUCGCGAAACUCCGAGAUUCCUCUCCUGCCCAGGUCGCCAUGCGCACAGGAGGCGCCGCCCCCGCUUCUCCCAGCAGCGUCGUCGCACAGCGCACCGGCGGCGGUGUUGGCGGCGGGCACGCCCAGAAGUCCAGCAUCAGCGGCAAGAUCCACGUCCAAGGCUCGAAUGCUAACAUCACUCACACCAUCAACGAGGACGAGCGCACCGAGUUCACCCGACACAUCAACGCCGUCCUUGCCGGAGAUGCCGACAUUGGCGACCGCCUACCCUUCCCUACCGACACCUUCGAGAUGUUCGACGAGUGCCGCGACGGUUUGGUCCUGGCCAAGCUCAUCAACGACAGCGUACCGGAUACCAUCGAUGAGCGUGUGAUGAACGUUCCCGGCAGGAAGAUCAAGAAGCUGAAUGCAUUCCACAUGACCGAGAACAACAACAUCGUCAUCGAGUCCGCCAAGGGUAUCGGCUGCUCCGUCGUCAACAUUGGCAGUGGGGAUAUCAUCGAGGUCCGCGAACAUCUUAUUCUGGGUCUCAUCUGGCAGGUCAUCCGCAGGGGUCUUUUGGGCAAGAUUGACAUCAAGCUGCACCCCGAGCUGUACCGGCUGUUGGAGGAGGACGAGACCCUCGAGCAAUUCCUGAGACUGCCACCAGAGCAGAUCCUCUUGCGCUGGGUCAACUACCAUCUCAAGGCCGCCAACUGGCCCCGCCGCGUUGCCAACUUCUCCACCGACGUCAAGGACGGCGAGAACUAUGCUGUUCUUCUGGCACAAAUUGGUUCGGAAUACGGUUGCACAAGAGCCCCUCUGCAAACACGGGACCUGCUCCAGCGUGCCGAGGAGGUUCUUCAAGAUGCCGACAAGCUGAGCUGCCGCAAGUUCCUCACCCCCAAAUCCCUUGUUGCCGGAAACCCCAAGCUCAACCUCGCCUUUGUCGCAAACCUGUUCAACACCCACCCUUGCCUCGACCCUAUCACGGAAGAGGAGAAGCAGGAAGUGGAGGACUUCGAUGCCGAGGGCGAGCGCGAGGCCAGGGUCUUCACCCUGUGGCUCAACAGUCUGGACGUCCAACCUGCUGUCCAAUCCUUCUUCGACGACCUGCGCGAUGGCUCAGUACUAUUGCAGGCUUACGACAAGGUCAUCAAGGGCUCGGUCAACUGGCGGCACGUCAACAAGCCCCCAGCGAAUGGCAACGAGUUGAUGCGGUUCAAGGCCGUCGAGAACACAAACUACGCGAUUGAGCUAGGCAAGCAGAACGGCUUCUCCCUGGUCGGUAUCCAAGGAGCCGAUAUCACCGAUGGCCAAAAGACCCUCACCCUCGGCCUGGUGUGGCAGCUGAUGCGCAAGAACAUUACGAUCACGCUGGGCGCUCUGGCACAACGGCUCGGCAAGCGAGAGAUCACCGACGCCGAAAUGGUCAAGUGGGCGAACGACAUGUCCCGCAAGGGCGGCAGGAACUCGGCCAUCCGCUCCUUCAAGGACGGCAGCAUCGGCACCGGUGUCUUCCUGAUUGACGUGCUGAACGGCAUGAAGAGCAACUACGUCGACUACGACCUCGUCACACCAGGGCGCACCGACGACGACGCGUACCUCAACGCCAAGCUAAGUAUCUCGAUUGCGAGAAAGAUGGGCGCCACCAUCUGGCUGGUGCCCGAGGAUAUCUGCCAGGUCCGGUCGCGUCUGGUCACCACUUUUAUUGGCUCCCUCAUGGCCACUCACGAGAAGAUGCAGUAG